CUCAUUCAGCAACCAGCAGCCCUCUCGAGGGUGGAGCAGACUAUUCAAAUGCUAUCCAAACUGCAUUGGCAGAAAAGGUCGAACCGCAAGUCCCAGCAGUCCUUUGAAGGUCACAGCCUGUCGCCGCAGGCUUCGNNCCCGGUACCCAUGUCUACAGAACUACAACCUGAGAAGGUGCCUGCGAACCCACCCUCUCGUCGACCUGGGUUUUUGUCCAGAGUCCGCAGCCAACGCUUCUCUACCGUGUCGGGCACAUCUCAUCAGGGUGAAUUCCUAUCAGAUUUGGUUGAGAGUUCAUGGCUGACACGACAUCANGAAGCGACAAGCGACCCAGUGCCCAAGCGACACUCAUACUACCAGCCCGCCCAGCCGUUGUACGACACGACAGAGGCACAGCAUCCAGUAUGA